AUCGUUGGCCCUAGGGGGGGCAAGCUCGGAAGUCAAGACGAAGCGGCCAGCCAGUAGACAUCCAGCUGGCACGAUCGUAAAUAACCCCCAACCGUGUUGGCAUUUCCCCAAACACCUCUCCCACUCCAUCACGCUGCCGACGUCAGACGCCCCAGACCCGGCGCUGACGACACCCAAAAUCGCCGGCGAGUGCUGCCAUUUUCGCAGUUAGCCCCUCAAGGAUUCCCAAACUACCCUUACCGAAGAAUAAAAAUAUUGAAAAAGUUGCAGACCAGUAAAAAGCCCCAAUCGCACAGUUCUCUUCUUGUUUGUUUCUUUUAGGACUCUUGUUCUUCGCGAUCGGGCCCGGGAUCGAGCUCGAAGGAGUCAAAAACCCUAGUUCCCUCGAUCUCUCCACUUCUUUUGUCGGAAUUUGCUUGGAAUUUAGUUUGAUAUUGGGGAAUUCAGCGAUCGGUUAGGUUUUGCAGAGAUCCCCUACUCCCUUCUUCUUCUUCUUCUUCUCUAUAUUGUUGAAGAUUUUGGGGGCAGGGGAGAGAUCUGGAGCGAUGUCGAAGGUGAUUUAUGAAGGAUGGAUGGUUCGGUACGGGAGGCGAAAGAUCGGGCGAUCGUUCAUCCACAUGCGGUAUUUUGUGCUUGAGACUAGGGUUCUUGCUUACUACAAGAGGAAGCCUCAGGAUAACAUGGUGCCGAUUAAGACUCUGCUUAUAGAUGGGAACUGUAGAGUGGAGGACAGGGGCCUUAAGAUGCACCAUGGACAUACGGUUUAUGUUUUAUGCAUCUACAACAAAAAAGAGAAGUAUAAUCGGAUUACGAUGGCAGCAUUUAACAUACAGGAGGCCUUGAUUUGGAAAGAGAAGAUAGAACUUGUCAUUGAUCAGCAACAAGGUUCAUUGCCAGCUAAUGGCAAUAAGGUCUAUGCUUCAUUUCAGUAUAAAUCUGGGACUGAUAAUGGAAGAAAUGCUUCUUCCUCUGACCGUGAAAGUCUGUGCAGUCCUGAAGAUGAAGAAGAGAGUCACCGAGCAUUAAUGCGGAGGACAACGAUAGGAAAUGGUCCUCCUGAGUCAGUACUUGACUGGACGCAGGAGCAGGAUUCCUGGAUAACUAACGAGACCUCCUCCGAUCAACUUUUCUCUAGAAAGCACUGGCGUUUAGUUAGAUGCCAGAAUGGACUUCGUAUCUUCGAAGAGCUUGUCGAAGUUGACUACCUUCCAAGAAGCUGUAGUAGAGCAAUGAAGGCUGUUGGUGUAGUUGAGGCCUCAUGUGAAGCUAUAUUUGAGCUUGUAAUGGGAAUGGAUGGAACACGUUUUGAGUGGGAUUGCAGCUUUCAGUAUGGGAGCUUAGUCGAGGAGGUAGAUGGACACACUGCUAUUCUAUACCACAGGCUGCAGCUAGACUGGUUCUCCAUAUUUGUUUGGCCACGUGAUCUAUGUUAUGUGCGCUACUGGCGGCGCAAUGAUGAUGGAAGUUAUGUUGUGUUGUUUCAGUCCAGGGAGCAUCCAAACUGUGGUCCACAGCCAGGAUUUGUGAGAGCUCAUAUUGAAAGUGGUGGAUUCAACAUCUUUCCCCUAAAAUCACGAAAUGGGCGACCACGCACACAAGUUCAGCAUCUAAUGCAAAUUGAUUUGAAGGGAUGGGGCGUAGGAUAUUUUCCAUCUUUUCAGCAGCAUUGUUUACUUCAGAUGUUAAACAGCGUUGCUGGGCUACGUGAAUGGUUUUCUCAAACAGAUGAAAGCCCAAAAGUACCGAGAAUGCCAGUGAUGGUGAAUAUGUCAGCAGAUUCUGUUUCUUCUAAGAAGGAAAGGAAAGAUCGGGAAACUUCUGUUCAGCCCACUCCCACAGUAGAUCAAAUGCAUUCUGGAAGUAGGCACUCUACGAUGUUGGAUGAAGAUUCUGAAGAGGAUGAUGACUAUCAAAUUCCUGAACUGGAACCAGAGGUAUAUGCUCUCAAACUUGAAAGUGAUAAUAAGCGGACAGUUGUGAAAGAGGAGCCCUCAGAUCAAAUUGAUUUAUCCUGCUUCUCUGGCAACUUGCGCCGUGAUGACCGGGAUAAAAGCCGUGAUUGUUGGAGAAUAUCUGAUGGUAACAACUUCAGAGUCCGUAGCAAACACUUUGCAUAUGACAAAACCAAGAUUCCUGCAGGUAAGCCUCUUAUGGAGCUUGUAGCUGUUGAUUGGUUUAAGGAUGCUAAACGAAUGGACCAUGUUGCAAGGCGGCAAGGCUGUGCUGUCCAAGUUGCCUCUGAAAAAGGACUGUUCUCAUUAGCUAUUAACGUGCAGGUUCCAGGUUCAACCCACUACAGUAUGGUCUUUUACUUUGUGACGAAACAACUGGUUCCUGGAUCUUUGUUGCAGCGUUUUGUUGACGGGGACGAUGAGUUCCGCAAUAGUAGAUUCAAGCUCAUCCCUUCUGUUCCCAAGGGUUCCUGGAUUGUGCGCCAGAGUGUUGGAAGCACCCCUUGUUUACUAGGAAAAGCAGUAGAUAUUACCUAUAUUCGUGGGCCGAAGUAUUUGGAAAUAGAUGUGGAUAUUGGUUCUUCCACAGUGGCCAAUGGAGUUCUGGGACUUGUACUUGGUGUCAUCACUACAUUGGUAGUUGAUAUGGCGUUUCUUGUACAGGGAAACACUUUUGACGAGCUGCCAGAACGGCUUAUUGGUGCUGUUCGUGUGUCACAUAUUGAACUUUCAUCUGCAAUAGUUCCCGUGCUUGAUGACAAGUCCAAAACUGAAUGAAACUGUCAGUGAAAAUUAUUCAAUUUGUUGUAUCAGAAAUUCUUUUCGACCUUCCUUGGGAUGUCAACUCAUUCGCGGAUCUACCUACUUACUCACCAAUGUGAUAAAAUUCAGAUACUACAAAAUUACAAUAUACACCAAAAAUCCAGUUUCAAUGAUGCAGCGACACCAGUAGUAUGAAAAUAGGGAGAGUUAUCUUGUAUAUUGGUUCAGAUUGGAAAGGUGCCCUUUUUUAUUUUUUAUUUUUUAAAUGUGGUUCCCCUUAUACUAUUGUUUUACGAACUAAUCCUCAUUGUUCAAAGCUGAAGUUUGUUUCAUUUAUUCAGAAAAUCUUUUUGUGCUUGUAA